UAAAUCAGACUCUCUCUCUCUCUCUCUCUCUCUCUCUCUCUCUCUCAUACAGACAAGCUGGCUUUACCAUAGCUCAGUAUCAACUAGCCAGUAGUGACCCAGUGCCUGCCCAGACUGGUCCUGCCUUGCCAAACGGCUCUGAGGCUGACAGCUAACUGACUCACAGAGGAUGAGAUGAAGCACAGGAAAAAGGAGGAAAUAGGCUACACACUGUGAGUGAGUUUCUAAAAAGAAGAAGGAGAAGAAAAGGAUCGAGGGAUAAACGCUGCUGUGACUUUAUAACUAGAGGGAGAGAGAGAAAAAGAGAGAGAAACAAUGUCUUAGAGGAGGAGGAGUUGUUUGAACAGAACUAAGCGGCCUACAGGGCCACUAUACACAGGACUAGCCCGGGUGUAGCCUACUGUUGCACGGAAUAGGCUAUAGGCUACCGACCGUCACGAUCGGACCAGGCGGGUUGUUUCUGUCGGAAUCCGCUGGGUGAUUAUCCAAGAUGCAAACAUCUGCCCUGGACAACCGUUAAACAGCGAAGGCGAGUUUACUGCUGCAGCAUCCGAGAAGGACCUGCGUGUGCGUGUGCGUGUGUGUGUGUGUGUGUGUGUGUGUGUGUGUGUGUGUGUGUGUGUGUGUGUGUGUGUGUGUGUGUGUGUGUCACUAUGAGUCUUGUCUCGGGCUUCCCUCAUCACCCGGUCAUGCACCACCACGACAGCCACCACUAUUCCUUGCAUGCGGCGGCGGCGGCGGCCGGUCGGUGUCACGAGGAUACCGGGGCUCCUCCGUACUUUACGAGCUGGCUGAUAAGCCACGCGGAUAUGUCCCCCACAGAAUAUAGCCUCGCGCCCGGCUACAGCCCAGAGUACCAUGGCAACAGCGGCGGCGGGUCCACCGGCGGCCUGGACCCCCACCAUCAUCAUCACCACCACUACGGACCCGGCAGCUUGGUUCCGGGGGCCGGCGCCAUCUCGGUGAACGGAGCCGCGGUGGGUAUGCACCCCCACCACACACAUCCUCGGCCCGUGAAACGGAGACCGACGGCCAACCGUAAGGAGAGGCGGCGGACCCAGAGCAUCAACUCGGCCUUUGCGGAGCUAAGGGAGUGUAUCCCCAACGUCCCGGCCGACACUAAGCUGUCCAAGAUCAAGACACUGCGGCUGGCCACCAGCUACAUCUCCUACCUGAUGGACAUCCUGGACAAGGACGGACAGCACGGAGACACGCAGGCUUUUAAGGCCGAGCUGAAAAAAACGGAGGCCCGGGAGGAGCGGAGGAAGAGAGAGGCGGUGGAGAUCCCUAAGGCAACAUCAUCGUCAUCCUCAUCGUCAUCCUCCUCGUCAGCGGGCGAUAAGAAGAGUAAAGGACGGACAGGAUGGCCUCAACAUGUCUGGGCUCUGGAACUCAAACAGUAGCGCCUCCCUCCCUCUCUCCCUCCCUCCCUCUCUCCAUCCUACGAGCUGAUAGCACCCUUUCCCUCCGCCAGCUCUGCCCUCGACGAGAGUGAUGAUGGGACAUUAAUGACGCGCUAUGAUGAACUGGAAUGGCAGUCAUCAUCGUCAUCAUCAUCAUCAUCAUCAUCAUCAUCUCUCUGGACCUCGACGCUAUUACCUUCCCACAGAACGGCGGACUCUGUAGGCCUAUUGCUUGUAGCUCCGUUCAUCUUACUGUGGUGAGACACGAAGAAAGUUAUUAUAGUUGGAGUUCCUCAUAGAACAUAACUUCAGAUUUAUAACUCUCCCACCUUUCAUCAGCGAAGGCGCUUUCUGCGCUUUUGUUCUGUGUCAGAGUUUGACCCCCGACCCCGAAUGUCCUCCUUAAAUUGUACCUCGAGAAAAAUGAAAAGAAAAAAAAAAACCUCAUGAAAAUAUCACAAAUUCAAUGGUGUUCUUAAACGUUUAAGUGAGGAUUUGAAUUGAAAAAACAAAAACAUUCAAACCAAAAACAUCCCAAAUGGAAAUAGCCUAUUCUAGACGUUGAGUCAAUCAUUAUUUCCUUAAUAUAACAUAGCCUAGUAGAUGUGAGUGGAACUUUGGAAUAGGCCUAUUUAAAAUACAGCAAAAGUGUAUGAGCUUGGACGACAUAUGUGCGUUAGAGCAGCUGCGUAGGGUUGGAGGGGGAAGAACCGGUUCAAAUCCAUCAUACAUGAUCCAUUCUAUAGGCUAACAUUAGAGCCUGCACUGUUCCUCACCGUCCAGUUGAACCAUACUGAGUUAUAACUCUCCGGUUCUCUUGAACCCAUUCUAAUGAAAUAGGUGCUGUUUGGUGGAUGGGAUGUAGUCUAUGCUGAAUUAAAAAGUGAUCUAAAGCUCUAGGUUGUGUUCUACCAGAUGUAUAGCCUACGUUUUCCACUGAGCAAAGUAGGAUAGCUUUACACCACUGCUAGAUUGUGAACGGAGUGCGGCGGAGUCUCUCUUCCUGUCGAGAAAAAGGGUUGGGAUUGACGGAACCAUUUCUCUCUCUUCGAAACACCCCCCACGCCACCACCACCAACACCACACACACACACACACACACACACACACACACACACACACACACACACACACACACACACCGUGUUCUCUGCUUUAUUUAACGGAACAUAUUUAUGUGCAAUGCGGCCGUUAGAAGGACCCAAACAGCCAUUCCGCUGACUGAUUUCGGACAUUUACUGAGUAGGCUACCUUUGAUCUAACGACAAACUGUAUGUGAAGCUCGCUCUCUCUCUCUCUCUCUCUCUCUCUCUCUCUCUCUCUCUCUCUCUCUCUCUCUCUCUCUCUCUCUUUCUCUCUCUCUCUUUCCUCUCGCAAUUUUUGGUUGUAAAUGUAAUGACGUCACAACGAUGACGAAGUGUCCAUGUUGUGGUGUGAAAAUGUGCUGGGAGUCUAAAUAAUGUUUUAUGUUGGUUGUAAACAGUGUUAUGAAUUUAAUAAACCACCAGCUGGUUACAUGGUAACUGACGCAAA